CCAUCACGUAGUAUCGACCAAACUUAAGCUUCGCAAGACUUUCUAACCGGGUCAUACUUGUAUACGUGAGUUGAGACGCGUUAACUUAACCAAAUGUAUCGCUACCGGUAUCGCUAUCGCUAUCCCAGAUACUAUUGGCGUGAGUAGAACUUAGAAACAUAGAAAAUCAUCCGAAACUCAUUAUUAAAGUCACUUGUACCAUAUAUUACGCCAUACGCCAUCAAAAUGAACAUGUUUACAACGUUAUUGAAUUCUAUACCCAAAAACCGUUCAGAUUACGUGGACGACUUGGACAUUCCUGACAUUACGCUGUCUCCGUACGUGUGUCCUGAUCCUUAUGACUCCCUGUCCCCACGGAGUGACAGUCUCCUCUCGGACAGCAUCAGAGCGUUUGACAGACGGACACUAAGCACAGCUUCCAGUAUCCCGCUGUCGAGGGCUAUGACGGACUCCGAUAUUGAUUACGGAUUUUAUAAAAGGUACAGGGACUACCACUAUGCGGACACCUGGGAGCACCUGCGUCGAGCUAUAGACGCCUUCCCGCCAUAUUACCUCUCUUCUUUGAACAGUUACAUCUCCCUGGACACAGACGACGAGUUGCUCCUGAACAAAGAGUUGGCUUACGCCGCGGAGCUGGCGGCGAGCCGGCGGCUGUACAACGAGAAAUGGUGGCGGCGCAUGAAGGCGCAGUUUGACGACUGCUACCCGUUCGCGCCUGACGACCCCUCCCUGUACGAGCUGCAGGCAGCUGUACGGCGCCUGGAUAAGAAGGUCUUGGACUUGAAAGCCCUGGAAGCUGAUUUAGACAGAAUUAAGCGUCGCCCAUGAAGA